AUGUCGGAAUAUGGUGGUCUGGACAAUGACAGUCCACUCCAACAACAACAACAGUUUGGCGGCGGCGGUGGCAGCGAAUCAGCACACAACCUUAGUACCGAUGAUCCUACAAAUGCAGCUGAUAAUUCAAUAAUUGGAAAAGUAAAAUCUCGUGUUUCAAGUAUUCUACCAAAUCGUCUAUCAAAAUGGUUUUCACCAUCUACCAAAGGGCGUAACGAUGAGUUAAAUGGUAGUAUAUCAUUAUCCUCGGGCACAAAGGCACGAAGAAGGCGACGUUUUGAAUUCGAUGAAGAUGAAUAUGAACAAGAUGAUGAUGAACCCUCUGAGCCGGAAGAUGAUGAAGGUGAGGGCGAAGAAGAGGAGGAGGAUGACGAUAGUCAAAACAGUGAAGAAGAAUAUGCUGCUAGAAGAAGGGCAACAACAACAACAACUGCUGCAACAGUGCAACCCAAAACAACACAUGAGCGACAACCACCCGCUAAAAGGAGUCGUCUUAAUGUGGAUGUAUCACCACGACGGCCAUUGAUAUCAUCUACGCCCGCAGUGACUAGCAGUUCAUAUUCUCGCAAUUCUAUUGGUGUGGCUGGAGGAUCAGGUGGUGUUGGCAGCAAUGUAUCACGUUCAUCCUAUCAACGUUUUACCCAUUUGAAUUUGUAUGCCAAUCAAAGUAAAAAAGAGCCAGCCUAUAAUUUUAAUCAGCCAAAAAUUAACACCGAUAUUAUUGAAUUAGUAUCUAACCCACCCAAUGAAAAUGAAGAUAAAAUCAUUAGUCAGUCGAAUGUUUAUGGUCGUUCUACUGUUGGUGGUCUAAGUUCCCGUCGAAGUUUAAAUAUACCAUCAUCCCUGACUUCAUCAUCCACCGCUUCAUCUUCAAUGGGAGUGGAACGCAUUAUGGCCACCGCUGCAAGUCAUAUGAAACGGAAAUCUUUGGCCGGCAUUAAAACAGGCGAUAAUCAAACAUCAUCCUCAUCGCCAAUUGGUGUACCACCCAGACGUACAUCAACUACCAUACAUGAAGUUCAAGCUGAGCAAAGGGUGGGAGGAAAUGAAGACGAUUAUGACGACGACGAAGGAGUCAACGAUGAUAAUGAUGAUGUACGUGAAAAUAAUUUACUCAAACAUAAUGGUCAAUUUAAUGAGACAUCAUCAUGUGAAUUGCCGCAUAAAAAAAUGAAAAAACAACGUCACAUUAAUGGAUCUUCGUCGGCUCCCGCAGAUAUACCCGAAGAAAAUGAAGCUAUCCUUUUGGAUAGUGCUUCGGAGAGCGGUGAAAGUGGUGUGGGUGAAAUGUCCAAAAUGAAGACAAAGGAUCGCCAUACAACGGGACUGUUUAAUAUGUUGGGCGGAACGGCGGGUGGUGGUAGUGGUGCCGGUACAACCCGCAAUAGCAGCCGCACCUCUUCAUUUGGCAAUGGCCUGAAUUUCUAUUCUCAUCUGGAAGGUAGAAAAUCUCUAUUCAAUACCACAGCCAGUCAGGGAGGCGGUAUUGGUGGUGGCCGUUCCAGUGGAAUUUCAAAUCAAUUGAAUACAUCAACUUUGUCGUUGACGUCCCUAAAUCGCCGACAAUUUAAUGCCUCAAUUUAUGGCAGUACCUCGGCAUUGAGUGACAGUCGUUUGCUAAAUACAUUUUCACCAUUCUACAAGGGAAAGACCACAUAUGGCGGUGCUGCCGCUUAUAAUAAAUAUACGGCCGGUGCAGGCGCCAGUGCUGUACGCAUCACUCCGACACUUAUUCGGCCAACGUCAAGUCUCUCCUCGACAUUAUCAUCGUCGAACACAUCAUUGGCCACCAACAGCAACUCUCUGCAAAUGGGUGAAAUGUCAUCGACAGCUAAGAGAAUCUUGGAUUUGAUAAGUGAUUUUGCUACACCGCUUAGCGAAGCAAAGAAAAUGGCUGGUAAUAUGAAAACGAAUGCUGGUGGUGGCGGCGCCGUUCAAUUGCCGCCACAGGCCAAGGGACGUUUGAAUGAAAGUGAUCUAAAUAUGUCGCGUGCAAUGCGAUUAUCACAAGUACGCACCCCUUAUUCAAGGCCGGCAGUUAUUUUACAACCAUCGGGUAAUGCAAAUUGCACCAAGGCCUCCGGUGGUCUAAUGCCUCCCGUUAAAGAGUUACAGGUGCCAACAAUGUCCCAGCUGUUGCAAAUGAAAAAGUUACAAAAUACGACCGAAAGGGCUAGGAAUAUUGCCAGAAGCUCCAAUCACUUGGAGUCGUCUGAAUAUUCUUUACCUGUUGCUGCAGCAGCAGCAUCAUCAUCGACUGGCAAUAAUAAUGUACCCAAAGCCGCCCAUGCGGUCGGGGAAGUUGAACCAUCGCAGGCGCCACAACAGCAGCAACAACAAAAACAUACAAAUAAAAUUAAAAAUAAGGUAACAGCUACGGCCCGAGCCUCAGCUGCAUCCAAGGACUUGUUGGAUGAGGCUCCUCCACCUUCGGUUAAUUUGCCCAAUAUAGCAUUUCCCCUGAUGCAAUCUGUGCCCAAAUUUGAUAUAACAUUUUCAAAAGGAACAACGGCCUCAACGGCCACUUCAUUGGUGGCAACCAGUGGCAAAGAAUUCGAUAAGAAAGCAAAUGCCACCACCACCUCAACCACAACUCAAAAUGCAUUUAUUACAUCAAAGACAACAAGCGAUGCGACCUUAAGUACCGCUGCUAAAAAGGAGAACAUCAAACCCAAUAUAUUUGCCAGCGGCAGCAACAGUAAUAGUUUUGGUUUCUCAUCUUCGUCAUCAUCAUCCCCAGCAAAAUCAAAUUUCAAAUUUUCGGAACCCCUUGUCGUUAAGGGAUUGAACACGCCCACACAAAAUAUAACCCCAACAAAUCUUAAUAAUUAUAAAUUUAGUCCUCCCCUAGAUGUCACCCUAAAUAUGACACCUAAGACCACAAAAACAAUACAGCAACAACAAGCGAAACAACCACAACAACCUCAAUUGAAAAGCAGCGGCUCCUGUUUAGAUGCAUUAAGUAAACCAUUUGGUACCAGUACUACUACUUCGGAGACUGGAAUAAAACCGCUAACCGAUUCCAAUAAUUCCUUUGGACAACAAUUUAAGAAGUCCUCAAGUGAAUGGGAAUGCGAUACCUGUAUGAUAAGAAACAAGUCGGCAGCAACUAAGUGUGUGGCCUGUGAAACGCCAAAGAAGGGCGCGGCAAACACAGCCCCAGCCAGCACUUCCACAUUUAAUUUUUCAUCAGGAUCAACAACAACAGGCACAACAAACACCUUUGGCCAACAAUUUAAGAAGUCAUCCAGUGAAUGGGAAUGCGAUAUGUGUAUGAUACGCAACAAAGAAUCGAGCAGUAAAUGUGUGGCCUGUGAAACUCCUCGAAAAGGUGCAGCGCCAGCGUCCUCAUCUAUGCCACCUCCAUCAAUGCCAUCAAUUAAGAAUACCUUUGGCGAUGCGUUCAAACCCAAGUCAGGCAAUUGGGAAUGCUCGACCUGCAUGAUCAGCAAUAAAAGUGAUGCCAAUGAAUGUGUGGCCUGUCAAACAAAGAAACCAGGUGCUGCAGCUGCUGCUGCCAACAGCACUUCGGCAGCCACAACUUCCUUCAAAUUUGGCUUCGCAUCUGGUGGCCAACAGACUACAGCCACAACACCUGCAGCCACCUCCACUGACGCUGGUUUCAAAAGUCUCGCAGCCCAACAAAGGGCCUCGAAAUGGGAAUGUGAUGCCUGUAUGACACGCAAUGAUGCCGAGCGUACAAAGUGUGCUUGCUGUGAUCAACCUAAGCCAGGUUCUACAAGCACCGAAAGUUCCUCAUCCGCCGCGUCUGCCACAACUAAAUUUACAUUUGGCGCCACAGCUGCUGCCAAAUUUAGUUUUGGCUUUGGACCAAAUGCAAAUGCUCCCAAGGAAGAGGAGCUGAGAAAGGAUGAUAAAUCGAGUGCUACUUCAGCAGCAGCCACAUCCACAUUAUCAUUGCCCACAACAACUACAGCCACCACUGGUUUUCAAUUUGGAAUUAAACCAACAUUUGGUUUUGGUCAAGAAAGUAAAAAAGAUGAAACAGAUACAGCAAAGACUUUGACCACGUCUACCACAGCAGCGGUGUCGUCUUCAAGUUCUACAACAGCAGCGGUGUCAGGUUUCAAAUUUGGUGCAGCACCCACCACCACUGACGCUACCAAAAAAUCCGAUGUUUCCACAACAGCAACAACAACAACCAGCACUUUUGCAACAACGGGUUUUUCUUUUGGUCUUAAAGCAGCAACAACCACAACAACAGCAUCAACAUCUACUGCGACCAGCAUCCCGGCGGCAGUGAAUUCACCAAGUGUCAAAUUUAAUUUGCAACCAGCCGGUGCAGCUCCGUCAGCAACGUCAGCUGCUGCUAACACCAGCACCUCCUCCACGUCAUUGGCUGCCACGACAAUGCCGGCACCAACAUUUAGUUUUGGUUCCUCCACUGCAGCUUCCUCAACUACCUCCGGUUUUAGUUUUGGCAAGAAACCGGAAGAAAAAGUGGAAACUAAAACCGCCGCCGCCUCUUCUGAAGGAUUUGCCUUUAAGGCACCAUCAGCAUCAUCAACAAUAUCAGCUGUUUCAUCAACCACAACAACGACAACAAAUAACGUCACUCCCACUGCUGGUUUUGUAUUUGGAUCAACAUCUGGAAUCAAACCUGUCACGGGAACAAUUGCCACAUCUACAACGUCGACAGCAUCGGGAACAGCAAUGGCUGCCGUUAAACCCAUGUUUAGUUUUGGUUCAUCCACUACCACCAGUGGUGGUUUUGGAGGUUUCAGUUUUGGUAGUAACAGCAAUACAACAACAACAGCUGCUGCUGCCAUACCUCUGGGUGGUGGUAAGACACUUUUUGGUUCAGCUGCAACCUCUUCAACGUCAUCCUCAUCGUCGUCGUCAUUGACAUUAGCUUCAAGUACAAAACCUGCCACAACAACAAAUGUCUUCGGUUCAUUUGGUGGUGCAAAUACAGGUGGUUCCGCGACACCAACAUUUGGUUCCUUGCCAGCAGCAGCAAAUCCUGCCAAUAAUUCAACAACGGUUAGUUCCUCCACUACCACAAAUACACCAACAUUUGGCUCUUUUGGCAGUGGCAAUUCUUCUGCCACCGCCGCCGCCACCCAACAAACAACAACAUCAAAUGUUUUUGGUUCGUUUGGUGGCAAUAAGCCCGCAAUGCCCGUAUUUGGCAGUGCAGCAGCAGCAGGAGCUACAAAUCCAAGUGGGCAAACUACAGCCAAACCAUUUGUAUUUGGAUCAACCCCAGCUGCCGCAUCAACAGAAACAAAUAACUCUGCCUCCAGUAAUAAUACACCUGGUGCUGCUGCCUCAGGUACCGCCUGGCCUAAAACAAGUUUUGUUUUUGGAUCAUCAUCAUCGGCAGCCGCAACACCUGCCGCCACCAGUGCCAAUACCACAGAUGCUGCUAAACAAACAACCUCAGUUUUUGGGACAUUUGGCAAUGCAGCAGCCAGUAGUAACACCAAUCAACAACAACAACAAACCACAUCGUUAUUUGGAGCAGCAAAUACUUCGCCGCCAAAUAAUCCGCCUGUGUUUGGAGCUGGUACGACAGCAGCAACAAAUAACACCAGCACUAAUCUGUUUGCUGUAAAUUCCGCACCCGCACCUGCUACAACAAACCUAUUCGGUGCAAAUCCUAGCGGUAGUGCAGCAACACCAGCACCGGCUUUUGGUUCAUCACCGUUUGGCGGUUCGGCAUCAUCGACAAGUGCCACACCAACAUUUGGCAGUACCGCCGUUACGGGUUCAGCAACAUUUGGUGGUUUUGGAGCAGCAGCGAAUACAACAGAAAUUAAAAAGCCCGAACCAGCUUUCAAUUUUUCAGCACAGUCUGCUGCACCGCAACAACAACAAUCAACGCAGCAACAGAGUACAAGUGGAGGAUUCAAUUUUGGAGCCAACACAACAAAACCAGCUUUCAAUUUUGGUGGCACUACAGCCACACCUACAUUUAACUUUACUGGAUCAUCAUUGAAUUCAACGAAACCUUUCCAAUUCGGCGCAACACCAUCAGCACCAGUUUUUAGUUUUGGCAGCGGUACUGCUGGUGCAUUAGAGACAACGCCGAGUGCACCUUUCCAAUUUAAUGCAGGCACCGCGCCUGUUUCUAGUAACAUAUUUGCGCCCACACCAACACCAGGAGCCCAAUCAGCACAACAGGCCAAACGGAAGAUACGUGCCCCCAUACGUCGUGUAACACAACGGUAGAAAUUUCCAUAAAAUCGGACGCUCCUAGUAGUAGCGUGGACCAAAUACAGCAGCAGCAACAACAACAAAAACAUAAACACAGAGGAGGAGGAGGACUGUGCU